UGCCCCAUUCUCUUAAAUGUCAGCACUCAGAACAGAGCUUCAGACCUUAUUUUGAAUCUGACUCUGAGUUCUGUAUCAUUUGGUUCGACCUAUUAUUAAUGGUAGUUUGUUAUGGUACACAAAGACCUUUGUGAACAUAGCUGCAGUCCAUGUGAAGAAGUUUGAACCGUUAUUAAUCUGAGGAUGACUAAAGACGCAUUAGCUGUCACUAUCGUGGUCUUGUGGCUGCUCUGCAAUCCGGCGAGGAUCAGCGGAACCGGGAGAUUUCAAGGCGCCAUUCCUCACCCAAAUAAAUACAGCCCAAACCAGUCGGAACAGUCACCGCAGACACCGCAGGCCAUUUUCAGGGGAACGGGACCGCCUUCAGUCGGGGACGAGGUGCUGGAGUCCAGCCAGGAGGCUUUACAUGUAACGCAGCGCAGUUACCUCAAACUUGACUGGUGUAAGACACAGCCGCUGAAACUGAUGAUCUACGAGGACGGGUGCCUGCCGCUCCUUAUCACCAACAGCUUUUGUUACGGACAGUGCAACUCAUUCUACAUCCCUCGGCAUGUUUAUCAAGAGGACAGUGCGUUUCAGUCGUGCUCCGUGUGUAAGCCAAAGAGUUUCACUACCGUUACUUACACGCUCUCCUGUCCCGGACAGACUCCCAGCACCAAGAAGAAGCGCGUGCGCCGCGUCAAACAGUGCCGCUGUACUUCUGUCGACUUGGAUUAAAUUAAAUGUCGGCUUUUUUGUAGGCUAUUUUUGUUUUAAAGUCACAAUUUCAUACUGAAUCAUGUGGGAGCAUAAUCGAAUUGUUCCUCCAUCAUUAGUUGUUCAGUCAUCAAAAUGAGGCCUUUAUAUUUUGAAGAAAUACAAUUCAUGCGAUUAAAUGUAUUAUAAAACAAGAUGGCUAAGUUAUAAAUACUAUAAAAUAGUGACAUAUUAAAAAUAUGCUUGUAUUAUUCUCCACUGUGUGGAGCACGAUUUGCGCAUUGAUGCAAAUAGCUUAUUUUGUGGCUUGAUUUGUAAUGUGGGAUACAUUAAAUAUUAGGCUAUGGAUGUAACUAAGCAUCAAAACCCAAUCCAUCAAU